AUGAUAUCCAGAGCCAGGAGCAGGUACUGUGACGACAAAAUUCACGUCGGGCAGUGGCGGCGUCCUGCGCAACCCGGAACGGAGAGUGUUCCGGGCCGGCUCGUCUGCGGCGGCGCGCCGACAGGUCUAUCUGCGGCGCAUUCCACGGCGGCCGGCGGAAUGCCGCGCCGCGCCGGACACUCAUUACGGCGCCGCCGGCCAAGAUGCGCGCGCAUUCCACCUGCAGCCCUGGCCACACACUCCCGCAGCCCGCCAAGUCGAAGGACACGAAGAGAUUCGGUCCGCGGCGGGUUCCAGCCGCGCCUUCCGACUUCGCUGCCGCCCCCAGGGCAGCAGCAGCAGCCGUCGCCGCUACCACGCCGACAGCCAGUCCCGUUGAUGCCUCCCGCGCAGCUUCAUCCGGGAGCGCCCCAGGUGGUCGCUCCGGCGCCUGCGGUCCCUCUUCAGUCGCCACCGCCUUCGGAGCUGAUGGACGUCGACCCCUCAGCCGGGCCGCCUUCCCAAGCGGUGGCUGUGCAGCCUGUCCUGCAGCCGCUUUCCUUGGGCACCCCCAAGGAGUCUGACACCGCAGCGCCUUGUCCGGCGCCCACUCAGCAGCCGUCGACGCAGCCGCUCAGUUGCGGCCGCGACUGUGCCCGCGCCGGCCGCUCGCUAAUUAUUUCGGGUCAGGGCUGUGACUGGGGCCGGCAGCGCGCUGUAUGGCGGGACGGCCUAAUCAACCCGCGGCGCAGCGGGCGGCAGCGGCGCGUUAUAACCGGCCUGCCGGCCCGGGCCACACUGCCGCCGCCGCCGCUACCGCCGGCGCUGUCUGCAAGUGUCGGCCGGAAGCCCGGGGCUGCCGAGCGGAGGCGCCGCCGGCUCGCCGUAACGCGAUCGCGUCUCCAGCCACCGCCUCGUCCUUUAACACUGGCCCAGCUCUGCCAACCCCGAGGUUAA